AUGGGCAACAAGAAUUGUCAGAACAGUGGGUACCUGGUGAAGCUGAAGACGAUUUCGUUUUGGGGUUGUAACGUAGAGACGGUGGAGGCGGGAGCUUUCAAAGGGGUGCCGCAGUUGAAGAAUGUGCAGAUUUCCUUCAGCAACCUCAAGAAGAUACGGAUGGGCGUGUUCAACCCAAUAGAAACACUCGAACUCCUCCGGAUCCACGACAACCGGAUCGAAACCAUCGACGACCAAGCGUUCGCCAAUCUCACAUCGCUCAAAAAAAUCUACGCCGGCAACAACGCUCUAAGCUACUGGCACAGUAACUGGUUUCGCAACUCCACCAACCUGCAAACCAUGGAUUUCCACAACAACAAAAUCCGCACCCUGCCCAGGAGAGCUUUCGCGACUUUGCCCAAAUUGAAGCGCAUCAACCUCGACUGGAACGAAAUCUCCGCCAUCGAAUCGGAAGCUUUCCGAGGCCUGAAGAAGCUCCAGUACUUGGGCUUGGGGAACAACAGACUCACUGUCAUCCACGAGAGCGUUUUCCCUAGCAGCAUCCAGAUCAGCACGCUGCUGAUCAACGCCAACUACCUCAACUACCUGUCCGGCGAGCUGCUGAACAAGGUGUCCGUCUUGGAGGUCUUCCUGGACUACAACCCCUGGAAAUGUCCCUGUUUGAAGGAGAUUUACGCGUGGAUUCACUCCACGAAGGGCGCUUUGCGAGUGUACGAUGGGUGCGGUUCGAAUCACGUGCCGGUGUGUGCCAAUAAGAAGAGCGUAUUGCAGUGCUCGGAGAACGUGGACGAAGAGUUGAGCAGACGGUAUUUAGGGGUGUUCGCGAAUUUGACCAAACCUUUGGCGAGUGGUUGCGUAAGGACAAAUUGA